CCCAUUAUUUUAAAGAUAAAGUUGUCAGUAAAAAUAGUUUUUUAAACCACACAAUUAUAACACGUGUAUAGAGAGAUUGAAAACCUAUCCUCUGACCUUUUGUGGUUUAAUAACAAAUGGAAAUUAUUACCAGUACGGCUAUGGACAAAUUAAGUAUAGAUAAUAGAGCACUUGCUCCGACAUGAUAAAUGCAGAUUCAACUGCAAUGGAUUUUAUGGUGUUUAUUUUUAAAACUUACAUUUGUUUACAUUGUAUUGACAGUAUUACACAUGCAUAUAAUUUAGAUAAAAAGAAUGUGAUGCUUUUUAAAGGACCUACCGGAAGUUAUUUUGGAUAUUCUGUUGGAAUCCUGGAAAACAAAAACGGAAUCAUGAUCCUUGUCGGUGCACCCAAAGGAAACAGCAGUAGCUUUCCAUUGAUUGACAGCCCUGGUUUGUUGUACAAAUGUCCAUUUGGAGACAAGAAAAGGAAUUGUUACCCAAUCAACGUAAAUACUGCAGGAAACACAGAAGAAACGGUUACGUAUCACAACAAGAGAGUAACAUUCCACAACGGUAUGAGUAACCAGUGGUUAGGCAUGACGUUAGAUGUAGAACCUAUCAACCACUCGUCAAUUAUAAUUUGUGCCCCGAGAUGGAAAGACAUAUACUUGCAGAAAAAGAUGAAUGGAACUUACCAUAUGAAUGGAAUAUGUUACCUUUUGAGUUCAGAUUUAUCAAGUCCACCUAAGGUACUCCCAGCACUAACUAACUUGAAAAGACUCGUCAACAGAAAGAGUGGUUAUGUUGAGUUUUCAAUGGGGGAAAUGGGACUUUCAGCUGCAUACUCACAGGAAAAUGGAACGUUGUUGUUUGGAGCUCCUGGUUUAAAUGAUUGGACAGGGGGUGUUGUAAUAGAAACGAUAUCAGGAGAAAACAACGUAAGAUACAUAGAACCAUCGAUAAAAGAAUCUAUGAAUGGUUAUAACGGAUAUUCAAUAACGACGGGAAAAUUUGUUAGUAGAAACAAAUUUAGUAUAGCAGUAGGAGCCCCUAGAGGUGGUAAAUAUAAUACUGGAAAGGUAUUGCUGUAUACCAGCGAAUCUACAGUUGGUCCGUUAUCAUCCGUUUUUGGAACGCAGACAGGUAGCUAUUUUGGAGCAGCCUUGUGCAGUUUAAGUAUAGAAGGAGACAAACUAGACUACCUUGUCGUAGGGGCUCCGAUGUUCGCAGAUAAGAGACCAGAAGAAGGCAGAGUGUUUGUGUUCAAAUCUCAUGGAUUGCUCGGAUUCAGAAAAGCAUCAGUUCUCAAGGGUCUUGAUAAACCGUAUGCCAGAUUUGGAACCACAAUCUCUAACAUUGGUGAUCUUGAUAAGGAUGGAUUUGAAGAUAUUGUCGUUGGUGCACCUUAUGAAGAAGAUGGCAGAGGAUCCAUAUAUAUCUUUAAUGGGUAUAAAUUAGGUUUGUGGAGCAAGUUCACAAAACAUAUUACAGCCAUGGGGAUAGAUCCUGGAAUAAGAACAUUUGGUAUAUCAUUUUCCAGGCCAUAUGAUGUUGACAGAAACAACUAUUCAGAUAUUGCAGUCGGUGCCUACAAUUCUGAUCAUGCAAUUGUCCUGUGGUCUACUCCUUUAAUUGACAUGUCGGAGACAAUAUUAAAAGUUACAAAUUUGCAACCAGUGAAUGGCUGUAUCAUUCACGAGAAACUACAACCAAACUGUACCAACCAAACUCUUCUACAGGGAAGCUUGGUAUACUGUUUAUUGUUCAAAAGUAACAGACCGAACUCACCGACUAAUGUUAUUGUAAAAUAUCAGGUUGUAUUUGAUUCAACUAGGAAUAAUUCUCGAGUUUUUGGCUUGAACAAAAGCAACAACUUGAUGAUACAUACAACUUUCACUGGGAAGCGUAGGAUUUAUGUCAACAGGCGAGCAUGUGAAAAUACUACAAUAUAUAUACAGUUCAAUGACGAAUCGAAUGAAGAUGUAUGGAUUGAACUAGAUUACCACUUAAAAGGUCGAAAGGUCACUUUAUUAAAAUUCAACGGGAAGAAAAAACAACCAGAAAUUACCAAUAUACACAAAACAAGGGUUGAACUGAAGCAGAAAUGCACUGAUGACAAUAAAUGUGACGACAAUAUAUUUAUCAAGGCUGCAAUGGAAAUUCAGAAUGAAAACAAAACUGUAUAUACUGUAGGAAAACCAGUUAACGUGUUCGUUAUAGUAACGGUACUAAAUAUGGAUGAUACUAAAACAACACCAAGAGAUGUCAGUAUAAACAUUCAAUAUUCAAAAACAUUAUCUUUUGUGAAAAGUUUUCAUUACUGGACCAAUCGUAGUUUGCCAUGUGACAUUGAAGACUACAAUAGUUCAAAGUUCAUCAUUAGUAGUAGAAUUAGUACGGAACGAAAUUACAAUACAUCUGCUAUUUUUGAAUUUUACGUUGGAAACGGGUUAUUGGAGGAUAGCGUAGAGUUCUUGAUCAGUUCACACAGUAGUAGUAGAAUAUCCAAUAAUGUAACGUUAAAUUUACCGGUAGUUUCUAGAUCUCAUGUAACAGUCAUUGGUAAAGGGAGUCCAGAUGAGGUGAUUUUGAAACUCUUAAAUGAAAGUAUUAAGACAGAACGUAAGAUUGUGUUUAGUUACAUAAUUUUCAACGAAGGACCAUCUUUACUUGAUAACAGCAGCAUGUUGAUAAGUUACCCCGAGCUACCUGGGGUGUUGGACAUGAAUGGAUUGAUGAUUGAAUUGAAUCCAAAAGAUUCUUCAAAUUACAAUUGUACCCUAAAGAAGCGAGGUGAAAUCGGAAGUGCAUUGAUUGACAAGAUUAAUGAACAACGAAAUAUUCAGCUUAUUUGCAAUGGUGUACACUCCUACUGUACAAAUAUUGUGUGCAAAUUCCGAAACAUCGGACCACGCACAUCAGUAACAUUGAACAUAAAUAUGCUACUUUCUGUUCAUGGUACUACUUUUCAGAAACUGAGACAUGUGAAACUUCAGUCGACUUCUGUUUAUAGAAAUAAAACCGGUGUAAAAGAUUGGGAUGAAAUCAUACUUUUCACAAAAUCAAGUCAAAAGUCAAAGGUAAUAAUUGAUAUUUUUAACGUUGAUAUGAAUUAUGAAGAAGUGAGAGAUAUACAAGUGUGGAUUAUGAUAAUCAGUGGUGCUGGUGGAAUUGUUUUCUUUUUGAUAAUUAGUUUGUUCAUGUUUAAGGUUGGAUUUUUCCGGCGAUUAGAAAACGAAGAAUUACAACUUAGGAAAGCGAACUGGAGAUUGAGAAUAGCCGAGGCUAAUGAAAAUCAAGACUUAAAUAGGUCUUUACAACACUUUCACAGACGAAAUAGACAUACUAUUAACAAUGCCUGUUUCUCAUCGAAUGUUGACGACGACGAAACACAUGUACUUAUUCCAUAUUCUAAUGGUUCUGUAACAGGUCCUUCUGAUGAAGACAUUUCAAGCAUCUCUUCUGAUAUGUCAGAUGAAUCAGGAUACUUGGAGCCAAUCAAAACUAGAAAACAAAGAGUUUUUGUGAAGUGAAUUGAGUUUAAGAUACCACCCGUCAUACAAUGUGUUCAUAAAAUGUCAACUCCCCAAAAACAGAUAAACUUUUUGUGCAAUUCUUUUCAAAUACAUUUUAUUGUGAAGUUGCUAAUGAUAUGUAUAUAAAUGUUUGCUUAAUAUUAAAUAUCACAAACUAAA